AUGCCUCGAAUCGUAGACACCGUUCACCAUGCCAGACCCUACGAUCGACCUGUAUCACCAACGACCGAAACAAACCCAAUUCUCAAUACCAAAUCACCCAACACUACACCCAAGAAAGAAAAAGCCAAAAGAGACGUAUCAACCUUCCGAAAAUGGACGUCUGAAGAACUAACCCAAUUAUUCGAACACCUCUCAAGACACGGUACAGCGAUGGGUAAGAACGGAUGGGAGAAUGCUGUUGAGGGAAGAACAGCUAAUCAAAGUUAUCAAACUUGGUUACAAAGUUUGAGUCCUUUUAUCAAGAAAUCUAUCGCUGGUAAGGAUGGAUCGACCAGGAAAUAG